AUGUACAGAAUAGAUGUUUCAGAUUUUUAUGACUUCCAAACAUUCAGAAAUAUGUGUCCAUUUCGAGACUAUAACAAAGCAGUCGAGAAUUUGAAACGUUUAGUCAUUUAUGUCGACUCUGCCCCAGAAUGUUAUGUUAUGAAAGAAUGGGAUGUAGUCUUUAACAAACCAAGAGCAACCAUAGUUUCAGAACAAGAAUGUAGACAGAAACUUAAGAAAAUAAAAGUCGUACAAGUUGGUAUGAAGAUGUUAGAUGCUUGGGAUAUCUUAUUGUCAAAGUUAGAAGAUUUUUCAGUUCGUGGUAUAAAGUUUUAUACACCAUCUCCAAACUUCUAUUCUAUCUUCACUGGAUAUAAAUACGAACAAGUAGAAUGGAAAGAAAAUGUUAUAGAAGCUUGGUUAGACCAUGUCAAAGAAAUUAUAUGCAAUGGAAACGAAAGAGUCUAUGAGUAUAUCUUAUGUUGGUUUGCAAACAUCUUACAACAUCCAAGUGCUAAAAAUGAAACUGCUCUCAUCAUAAUUGGAAAACAAGGAACAGGUAAGAACACUUUCUUUACAGAUAUUUUGUGCAAACUGUUAGAGGGCUAUUCGAACCCGAAUAUGACAAACUUAGAAAACAUCUGCG